AUGGCAAUCAUCAUCCUAGAACCCGACGUCAAUGGCCGCACCCAGGCCUCGAUUCAGGAGAGCGCCGCUGGGCACGCCGAGGUCGGUCGCAUGCUCGCGCACGUCUACCAGAAAGUCGACAUGCCGCUUCUCCAGAAUCCGCAAGAAGACCCUCUCCCCUGCCGCGAGUCGGUCGAGGAGACCACGGCCGUCAGCGCACACUUCUCGGCGCAGUUUCACGCCUUGUACGAGCAGCUGGCCGCCUACCACGCGAGAAGCGCAGCAUCGCUGGCAGAGACCAAGCUGGCGCCCAUAGACGAGGAGAAGGGCAUCGAGGUCGAAAUCAGGAUCGGGUGCCAGUCCUUCGACCGCUACCCGCACUGCCGGCAUCGCAUCUACUACGCGCGCCGCCUGACGCUGCAGAAUUCCGAGACGCUCCCUGCGCUGCCGUUUGUGCGCAAGCUUCGCAUCGUGCAGGGUUCCGACCCGCUUCAGGACUUCCACUUCGACCGCGUCCGACCCGUGUCUCUGCGAGUGCCCCUGGAAUGCCUCGUCCAUCUCCCCGGUGCUGCAGAGAUCGACUGCCCCUGGCUGUGGGAGUGGCUCCCCGUGCCCGCGGCAGGCCGGCCCAUCCGCCACUUCACGCGCGUCUGGGAAGGGCCCUGGCGCGAUGCACGUCACGAGUUUGGCGCUGCCAUGGAGAAGCAAGAGGAGCUGCUGGGCGGUCUGCGGAUCCCCGCCACCUUGAGCAAGGCCAGGCUGUGGUUCUGGCAGCCGAGGCUUGCCUGCGACGACGACCAGGCCCUGGCAAUGCCCGAUCUCGUGGCACCAGCGCAGCAGGACCCCCUGUCCGUGGGACUGCGCGUGCUGGCGGCCCAGCUACAGGAGCUCAACCUCCGAGCCUUUGUCACGGAGCACCUCUUCCCGGCCCCCGACGCGCCAUCGUCGGCGCAGUGGUCCCGCAUGCGGCGGCUCAUCAUCGAGUUUCACCCGCUGCGACCGGACGGCAGCUGGUACUUCGUCGGCCCGCGAGGCGAGGAUCCCCAUCCCGAGGGCUUCGCCAUCUCCGAAGCCGACCACUAUCCGCCUCUGCAAACCACGGCGGAGGACGAGGAGGUGGACGAGCAGUGGGACGAGGACCCCCAAGGCGGCGAGGAGGUGGAUUACUUCCCAAACGUGUUCCGCACCGAGCCGCUCGCCGAGAGGAUUGAGCCGCUGCUCUCGGCCUUUGCCUCGGCCGUGAAGAACAUGGGCGCCCUCGAGGAGGCGGAGCUCUUCGCCUACCUGGCCUGGUAUCCUUCCGAGAGCAGAGCAGACGAGUACGGAGACGAGGCGCCGUACGACAGUGAAAAGGGCGUUCAUAGGUGGGGGGUGCGAUACCUCGCUGGUGAUGGGAAUGGGGACGAGGGGCCAGUUCAAGCCGCGGUCCAGUGGCAGGUCGGUGACUGGAGACCGAGCCAGAGCGUGUUGGACCUGUUUGAGAACCUCGGACGACAGGAGUGGCUGGACUUUGAGUUUGAGCGUGAAAGGAACAUCAAGCCCCAUAUUGUCGCUUAG